CUUCCUUUAAAGUUUGGGGGAAAAAAAAAAAUCUGUGAAGGCGAAAAGGGGUUGGGCUGAGCCGUCGGUUGGGAACCUUCUUGCGAGUCUUCUGCUAAGAACCCGACCGGGAGUCCGCUCAGCCCGGUGUCCCUGCGCACCGACUGCCAUGGAGCUGAGCCUUCGUCCCGGGGCCACCUGUUUGCUGGGCUUCAGUUUGCUGCUUCUCGUCUCCUCUUCCGUUGGACACAUUGGGCUUGGAAAGGGUUUUGGAGAUCAUAUUCAUUGGAGGACACUAGAAGAUGGGAAGAGAGAAGCAGCUGCCAGUGGAUUGCCUCUGAUGGUGAUUAUCCAUAAGUCUUGGUGUGGAGCUUGCAAAGCAUUAAAACCCAAAUUUGCAGAAUCUACAGAAAUUUCGGAACUUUCUCAUAAUUUUGUUAUGGUAAAUCUGGAGGAUGAAGAGGAACCCAAGGAUGAAGAUUUCAGUCCUGAUGGGGGAUAUAUUCCACGCAUCCUUUUCUUGGAUCCCAGUGGCAAGGUGCGUCCUGAAAUCAUCAAUGAGAGUGGAAAUCCGAGCUACAAGUAUUUCUAUGUCAGUGCUGAGCAAGUUGUUCAGGGGAUGAAGGAAGCUCAGGAAAGGCUGACUGGUGAUGCUUUCAGAGAGAAACAUCUUGAAGAUGAGUUAUAAUACGAACAUAUAUUGCUUCUUGUGGCAAAAUUGGUAUUCUGAAAGGAAAACUGCAGCAGAGGGAAUAUUGAGGAAUCAUCCAGAACAACUAAACUGACCAGAAAACCUUGCUACCACUUACACUAUCUUGCCUGGCGCUAUCUUGCCUGGAUGAGGACUGCUAAUUGAAGCUGGUCUGUGUUUUGUGGAAAUAGCAUCUUGAAGCAGAUUUCCUUCUCCUACUUCCUAUUAGCUAAAUGUCUAUUUGCCUGGGAAUAUGAAGAGUGAAACCUUUUGACACAAAACUUGAGCCACUUGUCACACACCAGAAUUUGAGUCUUUAUCCAUUUUCUUCCACUUGACUCACCGUGGUGGUGAAAAGAAGACCAGUAGCAACUUUUCUACAGUGUUCAGUUCAUGGGAAUAUCUUAUCAGUUUUUAAGAAAACAGCAAAUUCUAAAUGCAAAUCAGCAAUUCUGCUCCCUAUCAGGGAGAUCGGCCUGGUUUGUUUUUUUUUCCCCCCCUCUCCAUUUCUACUGGGAAUAAUCUUAAAUCUCUGCACCUGCCUUCCUCUUGUCCUGCUCUGGCUUUCCUGCUUGCACGCACAUGUGCACAGGAAUGGCCGUGUGCUAGGGCUCAGUUCCAGCUGGAAGCAUGCUUUCCCUGUUACUGUUGGAGAAACCCAGGCCUCUGUGCCCUAUGUGGAGCCAUUUUUGUCAAGUCAUCAACUGUAUUUUUAUACUGGGGUUAACAAAUAUAAAAGAUAAACUAUUAAUUGUACCAUUAAACUUUAAUAAAACUUUUAA